AACAGAUUUACGUCAACGUUCUUCAGAUUUGCUUCUCUCUCUCCUCUCGCUACUCAAAUCGAUUCCUUUUGAUCAGUUUCCUCUUUUAUCCACGACCCUUUCUCUAGAAAACCCUCCAAGUACGCAAAACUAUUGAUUUUGCAGAUAUUCAAUAAUUUUCGUCUGAUCGAAACAGAGCAAUGAAGUUCAGAGCGAGAACCCUAGUUUCACAAAUCUCGAAACUUUGAACUCGUUGACUAGCUUGACUCUGUUUCCACACUCGAAUCUGACUCUGUUUUUUUUUUUUGAUAAAGACUCUGUUUCUAUCAAUGGAACCUCCAUUACAGAGUUUGACUCUGUUUCUUCUCUGCUUCCUCUUCCUCCUCUCUGCUUCUAUCUUAGUUGACUCACAAUCACAAGAUUCAUCCCUCUCUCCUCCUCCUCCACCUCAUCCUCAAUCAUUAACUCCUCCGCCGCCUCCGCCUCCUGCGGUAAAGGUCGGGAGUAGCAAACCGAUUCACGAUAAGCAUCAUCACCGAAGAAGAAAAUGGAGACAGAGAAGGCAUAUACGGCGUCGUAAGCAGAAGCUGAACACAGGGAAGACGGUGGGGCUUUUCUUCGCAGGUGUAGCGGCAGCUUUGCAAGUAGUUGUUGCUGCUUUCUUGCUUCUCAAAAGAAGACAGCUUCUCCUUAACAUCAACAACAACGAUAACAGACACUGAAUCAAUUCAUGGAGCUUCAUCGUCUUCGGAUCUCUUUGCAGUUGGAGUUUUUGAAGAAUUACAAAGGAACACAAAAAACAGAGAAGACAAGAAUCCAUCAAAGAGAAAAGAAAAAAAAACAGGCAUUGUUGUUCCUUCUUUCUUUUAGCCAGUUCCUCCAAGAACACCUUUAAGCGUCUUGAUUACAGUAGGCUCAAGGAAAGUAGUAGCCGAGACGAGUUCAGUGGAAAGACUGUUGGCAAAUAGCGCAAAGUCAAGAAUCUGGAGACCAGGACUUGCGCUGCUGAAAGUGACAAACGCUGCAGCAGUGGUUUUACCAGCAUUGAUCUGGAAAUGAAGCAGGCCUUGUGGGAACACCAUGACUUGUCCAGCUUUUAGUGUCUGUACGUAAACAUCAUUCGCAGAGGAGAUGAACCCUGCGGUGAUGGCACCGUCAAGAACAAAGAGAACCUCAGAGGCACCAGGGUGAGUGUGCAUUGGGAUCACACCUUUAGGAGCUAGGUCAAGUCUAGCUGUAGAGAUGCCUAGACCGUUCAAAGCUGGAAACUGAGCGACGAAGCCUGGUGUCACCGCAGCGCUGAUGAUGUUGGUGGUGUUACCAGGAGUGCCUAAGCCGGAGAAGACGAAGUCGGAGGCUUUGACAUGAAUGGGACGAAUGCAUUGGUAACCAGCAGGGGUCUCACCACGUUUCAGGUUGGCGACACAGAAGUCUUGAACAGAGGCAUUGGAUAGAGCAAAGAGGAGAGAUAAGAGGAAGAUAAUGCGCAACAUUUUUGUUUGAUUAGUUGGUUUUUUAGUUUGUUUUGCUCUAUUCAUCCUCUCUUCCUCUUCAGUGUUUAUAUAGAGAGGCUCUGAAGCUGGUGGAUGAACUGUGUGGUGAACAUUGGAGAGACUGGAGAUAAGCUUUUGGAUGAUACUACCAUUAUGGGGGUAUGAUAACAAAGGACCACUCUUAGAUACAAACAAAAUGGCUCUUUUCUUUGCCUGCCUGUUCCGCAUCAUUGGAUCGCUGGUGAUCUUAAUGAUGAUGUAGACAUUGAUAUUUACUGACUGGUUGUUAAAACGAGAAGCCGGUGGAUUUUGAGAAGAACAGAGAGGAGACAAGAGUGAGACAUCAAAGCUUAAGUACUUCUCCUGUAGAUUAACUUGUGCCUCACGUAAGUAGAAAGAGAGGAAAUCACGGUAACAAGACACCGUUUACUUCGGGUAAUUGGAGUUAUGAGUCAAGGAAGGGCAGCAUUUUUGUCACAAGUUGAGGUAAGUUGACGUAGAGAAUACGAGGGAGAGGAUGUGUGGGUACGUAUGUGUUGUCAUGUAGUGUGUGGACCGGUGGCAACAUGUGAAGAACCAUUUGAAGACACUAUUUGACAGCUAAGAGAAGCUUAAGAAUGAUUCUUAUAAAGAUCCCAUUCUACUUUUGUUUCAUGUAAGUAACCAAAUGUGUGGAGAGUAAACCUUAACUUGCAAAAAUAAUAUCUUCUAUGUUGGAAGCAUUGUAAGAUACAUACACAGACAAUUGAUGUC